AUGUUUCGGUCGACACUAGCGCCCAUGCUGGCUCUCAAGAGGAGCUUGGCCACUUCACUGAGGCUACUCAACGAAGAACUAACCAAAGCAUCCUCCAAGAAGAUCGACAACCACUUGAACUUUUUAAAAAAAUACUACUCGCCCGAGUUGUUAGAGAGCAUCAAGAUCACCGAAUCGCUAGUUGAACCAAAAGAAUAUCUCAAUUUGAAAAGCAGAGGCGUCAAGAGCCGCUCCAGUGUGCCGCCAAAAGAAGUCCACCGCGAUUACUCCAAGACCGAUCCCGAAUGGCAAGAACCCAUCUUGUACCCAAAUCAAGGUUUAGGUAGAGUUCCAUAUCCGCCAAUUCCGCAAGUGUACAGCCCAGAUAGAGACGAUUUGAGGAUCCGGUUCACUGACGCACCGCGUGGGCCCCAUGACCUGGCGCAAUCUGCCACGGCCAUCAAGACACCGCGCGAAAUCUCCCGCGGGAUCAGCGAAUUGACGGGGUUGAAUGAACGGUAUAUAAGGAAUCUUUACGUGCGACCAUUGGUGAUGAAGCGCGUUUCGCUCAAGACCGCCAAGGGCAACAUCCCCAACUUCUUCGUCAUGAGCAUCGCGGGAGACCGAAACGGGAUGAUUGGGUUGGGCAUCGGCAAAUCGAGAGAUGGGAUCCGCACCGCUGCGACAAAGGCCCACUGGGCCGCUGCUAAAAACUUGAAAGCCAUCAAACGGUACGAUAACCGCACCAUUUUGCAAGCUUUCAAUAAGAAGUUCCACGCUUGCAGGUUAAAGUUUAGUCCCGCGCCCAUUGGGUUUGGAUUGAGAUGCAAUAGAAUUGUGUUUGAAAUCUGCCAAGCGGCCGGCAUCAAGGACUUACGAGGCAAGAUUCAUAAACUGAGAAACCCCAUGAUUGUUGCUCAGGGUUUUGUAGAGGCAUUGCAAGAACAGAGGUCGAUUGAAGAGUUGGCUUUGAACCGUGGAAAGAAGAUUGUUGAGUUGAGAAAAGUGUAUUAUUCUCAGUAA